AUGGAUCAACCCUCGAUGGCUGAAAAGGCUCAAAGUGAGGCAGACACUGAUGACUCGGACGUGUUCUCUCACCCCAGCUCACCAACCACACACCACAGGCCAGGCCAUGGUGGAGUCCACCGCCAUCACCAAAGGGUGUCCCGUCCCGAUGGUGAGUCCCACCAUCAUGGCAUAUCCCCUCAUCGUGAUGGAUCUCAAGACUUCCAUGACAAUGCCUUCUCCCGCCAUUCCCACCGCUCCCACCACUCCUCAUUCCUCUUCCCGGAUACUUCCUGUGGCGCUUUCAUGUCCCACCAUUCCUAUGGUGAGGACCACUUUGAUGAUGAGCACCACCAUGGUAGCAGGAAACAUCAUGGGAGGCCCCACCAACAUAGGGAGUCCUACCACCAUGGGGGCCUCAACAGACAUAGGGAGUCCCACCACCAUGGUGGGUUUCACCACCACAGUGAGGUUUCCCACCAUAGUGGGCUUUAUCACCAAGGUGCGCCUUACAACCAUAGAGACUUCUCCCACUCUGGUAGCCCUGCCCAACACAGUGAGGCCCAUCACCAUGGCGGGCACCACCAUCAUGAAGCCCAUCACCACAGAAGGCCUGCCUCCAUGGGGUCCUACCACCGUGAUGAGCACCUCCACGGCCACCGUGAUGAGCACCAGCACAGAGAGCACCUGCAGGGUGCACAUCCUCGUAUUUACCUCCACCGAGAGCACCGCUAUGGGGAGGACCGUCGUGGUAGCUCCCAACUCUUUGGCCCAUACACGUCCCACAGUGUGGCCUCAGCCUCCCUCGGCUCUGCCUAUUCUCGUCAAGUAGCCCCCCAACCUGGCAAGCCAGAGAGACAGAGCUCGGCCGUCAGCUUGGCUCGUUCCCUGAACACAGCGCACUCACACCCUGCCCAGACCUCCAGCAAAGUCCAUCCUCAGGGCUCCUCCUCUAAAACCUCGGAAAGCUGGCCCGAAGAAGACGAGCAGAUUCAGAAGCGCAAAACUGGCCGAGCCCCACGAACCCACAAGAAGCUGCACACUGUGGACCUCUUCUAUUUGUUGUGGGAAAAAUUAAGCCACCUCAUUUGGGGCCUUUCGAGAAUGCUCAGGAAACUGACUGACUCCCUGGCCUUUGAAGCCUUCGUUGUCUUCAUCGUCUGCCUCAACACCAUCAUGCUCGUGGCCCAGACCUUCGCUGAAGUCGAGGUCCGGGGUGAGUGGCACUUCAUGGCCUUGGACUCCAUCUUCCUCUGCAUCUACGUGGUGGAAGCUGUGCUCAAAAUCAUUGCUCUGGGCCUCAAGUACUUUUUGGACCCCUGGAACAACCUGGAUUUCUUCAUCAUGGUCAUGGCUGUGCUGGACUUCAUGCUCAUGCAGGUCAACUCUUCCUCCAUGCGCGUGGUCUACAACCAAAGCAUCUUCCGCAUCUUCAAGGUCUUCAAGAGCCUGCGAGCCUUGCGAGCUAUCCGGGUCCUGCGGAGGCUCAGCUUCCUGACCAGCCUCCAGGAAGUGACCGGGACCCUGGCCCGGUCCUUGCCGUCCAUCACCGCCAUCCUCAUCCUCAUGUUCACCUGUCUCUUCCUGUUCUCUGUGGUGCUCCGGGCACUGUUCCGCUACUCUGACCCCAAGCGCUUCCAGAAUAUCUUCACCACCAUCUUCACUCUCUUCACCUUGCUUACCCUGGACGACUGGUCCCUCAUCUACCUGGACAGCCGAGCCCAGGGCGCCUGGUACAUCAUCCCCAUCCUCAUGAUCUACAUCAUCACCCAAUACUUCAUCUUCCUCAACCUGGUGAUUGCCGUCCUGGUGGAUAACUUCCAGAUGGCCCUGCUCAAAGGCCUGGAGAAAGUGAAGCAGGAGGCCUCCCAGAUCCAUGAGAAGCUACUGGAUGACUCACUGACAGAGCUCAUCGAAGCAGAGCCUGAAGAGGUGAUAAGUGGACACACUAUACAGAAGCAGCUCAUUGAGAAAAAAUUUAGAGGCAUGACUGAGAAGCAGCGGGAGCUCCUGUUCCACUUCUUGCAGCUGGUGUCCGGGGUGGAGCAUUACCAGCAGAAAUUCCGCUCCCAGGCAGCUGUCAUCGAUGAGAUUGUGGACACCGCGUUUGAGGCUGGAGAAGAGGACUUCAGGAAGUGAUCCCCAGAGUGGCAGCCCGAGUCCAGGCUUCAGCCUCUGGCAGGCUCUCCCCCGGGUCGGGCCAAGUCCCCAUCUCUGCUGGAAAGAUCACUGGGCCUGCAGGGCUGGGCCCCAAUAGAGCUUUAAAACCCCA